AUGUUAUCUGGCGUCAUUUUAUCUGUUUUAUUCAUUUUCAUUCAUUGGUGUAACACCGACAGUAACGAUAAUCAACGAAAUGUUGAAAUAAUAUUUCAAUGUGAUCAUAUCUUCGAUUCAUCUAUUCCGGAAGGUGAAUUUCAAUUACCGAUGUUGCCACCUUCAGCUACCGUUUCUGAACAAAUUUCACAAACUGAGGGUGCAAAAAAUUUACAAUGUAUAUACACGUUUGUUGCGUCACCAAAACAGCGUGUAAAAUUAAAUUUCGAUCAAUUUCAUUUAGCUGGAACUGCUGGCAAUUGUGAAACGGAAUAUGUUGAUAUAUAUUCGGAAUUAGAGGAACCUGAUGAUGAUUUACUUUCUGCCGCUUUCGGUGGUCGCUAUUGUGGUAGUGUAUCACCAUAUGUAAGAAUUAGUUUAAAUCGUGUCAUUGUAUUAGUAUUUCAUUCAAGAGCUGCAUCAAAUCAACGAAAUCGGCUAAAAUUUAGCGGUCGUUAUGCUUUCAUAUCUGAUGCACCUUAUCUGGUGGGCCAGAAAAUACCACCAGGCAAAUGUGAUUUUGUGAUCGAUUCAAAGCUUAAGAAACGUGGAUCGAUACUUUCACCUACUUAUCCAGGAACAUAUCCAAAAAAUUUUCGUUGUACUUAUUUGCUCAAUGGUAAGACGGGUCAACGUAUUCGUUUACUUUUUCGUGAUUUCGAUAUUUAUUUUGGUGGCGAACAUUGUCCAUAUGAUUCUCUAACAAUAUAUGAUGGUCCAAGUAAUAAGUAUCCAAUAAUUCGUAAAAUAUGUGGCUUACAACAACGUAUGGUAAUUUAUUCAUUUGGACCAAAUGCAUUUAUUGAAUUCAAUACGACAAGUCCAGCUAAAACUGAUCCAAGAGGAUAUUCAUUAGAUUAUGAAUUUUCAAAUCGUUAUGUGGAUGUAUUAAAAUUAAUGGAUAAUCAACUAGGAAUAACACAUUUGCGCGGUUCAGAAUGUGAUUUGCUUGUGAGAAGUAAUCGUGAAACAACCCAUUAUAUACAUUCCCCUAAAUAUCCAUUGAUGUAUCCAGCUAAUACCACCUGUACAUUUAUUAUUGAUGGUUUACAAGGUGAACAAAAUUUGGAGGAAGUAAUACUUACGUUCGAAAAUUUUGCUGUCCUCACUGAAACAAUUGACAAUUCUAAUUCAUUUCACUCAAAACAUUCCUCAAUUAAUUAUGAUGAUGAUGACGAACCAUGUGCCACAUCAUAUGUUGGUAUUGCAUUCGUUCCAGCAACCAUUAAUAGUGUUUUAUCAUCUGGUGAAGAAAGUAAUUACGAUGCUACACUUUGUGAUCGUCUAGAAAAUGGUUCACAUAUUUUGGGCCCAUAUAUUAGUGAUGGACCAAGAAUGGUUUUAGUAUUUAGUUCUAAUGAAAAGAUUUCUUCUAAUGGUGAUGGAAAGAAACCAUUAGGAUUUAAAGCUAAAAUACAGUUUAAAACAGAUUUUGGUAUACCGGGUAAACCAAUUGGUGGUUCAAAUCAAUGUAUGUUUCAGUUUACAAAAACACGUGGUUGGUUCAAUAGUCCAAGAUAUCCGGCAAAUUAUCCAUUAGAUACCAAUUGCACUUACAUUAUCAAGGCAAGACCAGAUGAACAGAUUCAAGUUUACUUCGAGCAAUUUGCUCUUUAUGUUGAUGAACAUUCAACAGUUGAGACAAGUUGUACUGAUUAUUUAGAAAUAUCAGAUGUUUUUGUCAAAGAUGGUGUGGAAAAAUUACAACUUCAAGCUCGUUAUUGUGCAAAUACAUUUCCGGGACCAACAGUAACAGCAUUUGGUUCACAUGAACUUCGAGUUUUUUUUUUAUCUGAUCAUGAAGGUACUGGAAAUGGCUUUAAAGCAAUCUAUCAAAUUCGUAAAGCAUUUACCGAAGAAAUUCCAACAAAACCAGUUGCUCGACAUUGUGGUCAACGAAUAACUCGAACUGAUGAUUUCACUAGCGGUUGGUUAGUAUCACCGGGAUAUCCAAUAAAAUAUAAUAAAGAUUUAAUUUGUGAUUGGGAAAUUACUGUACGACCAAAUCAUCAGGUAUUAUUACAUCUUAUAAAAAUGGAAAUCGAAGGUUCAAUGACUGCUGAAUCGGUGAAUUGUCAAAAUGCGGUAAUUCGUGUGGAUGCUGAACGUGGCAUUAAUGCUAGUCCUACGAUACAGGAAAUUUGUGGUACUGAUGAAACUGUCAUUCAACCUAUUAUUUCAAAAAAUAACACAGUUCGAAUUAGAUUUUUCACAUCACCAGAUAAAGUAAAUGGUUUGAAAGGUUUUAAUUUUACCUGGACGGAGGUUAAAAAAACAACAGAUAGUAAUGAAUGUUUGCAUCCAACGAUGUAUCUUUGUACGUAUACAAAGUUAUGCAUUGAUGCUCGUUUGAAAUGUAACGGUGAUAAAAAUUGUGGUUUACAUGAUGAUACUGAUGAAGCAUACUGUAAUAAAUUAGAGAAUGCAGCUGAUGUGCGAACGGUGCUUUUUAUGGCAAUAUUUUCCGGUUGCAUAUUUUUGCUCAUUUCCGGUUUCUUCUGUUAUAUGCUCAAAAAAAAGCUUGAAAAAAAACGAAAUAAACGUCGUCGUCGUGCAAAAUUUGGAAUGAAACAUCAACGAAAACCUUUCCGAAAUCCAAGACCAAUCACUAAAGCUGAUCCACAUUUAUUGCCAGCACCUGCAGCAUCACGUUUGACACAUCACAAUGUCACCACCGAUAUCAUUUCAUCAACAAUGGAACAACGAAAUGAAAAAUCACCAAAUGGUGAAAUGAGCAGGAAUAAUUCAUCACUUAGGCAUUCCUUAAAAUUAAAUGAUGAUUGUAAUACGUUUUAUGGAUAA